AUGCUUUUUCGAUUCGAGAAUGGAAUAUUCAAGCCUGUAUUGCUGCAAAACGUGGGGGAAUACUUAGAUCAAGCUAUUAAUCCAAUUCUGCGGCAGAGCUUUACCAUUCAAAGUGGAGAAAGGUUAUUAAAAUUUAAUGACAAAUUUAUUUCAUAUAAUAAUUCGUUCAGAUUUUACAUAACGACAAAAAUAUCGAAUCCACAUUACCCACCGGAAAUCUCAACAAAAACAACAAUUGUAAAUUUUGCACUGAAGCAAGAUGGGCUUGAAGCCCAACUACUAGGAAUUAUUGUUCGAAAAGAAAAACCCGCCUUAGAAGAACAAAAAUACGAACUGGUAAUGACAAUAGCUCGAAACAAACGGACAAUAAUUGAUCUUGAUAAUGAGAUUUUACGGCUACUUAAUGAAAGUCGAGGUUCCUUAUUAGAUGACGACGAGUUAUUCUCAACAUUACAAAAAUCCCGGCAGACAUCAGUGCUAGUUAAGCAGUCUCUUAGCAUUGCCGAGGUAACUGAAGUGGAAAUCGAUGCCGCCCGACAAAAAUACAAACCAGCAUCGGAACGCGCAUCCAUUUUAUUCUUUGUUUUCAUGGAUAUGUCUAAAAUUGAUCCAAUCUAA